AUGGUUAAUCUCGAGAAGUCAGAAGCCUCUUUCAGUUCAAAUGUGCUAGAAAUUGUCAUAGAAAUGAUCUAUAACAGGAUGGGUGUUAAGACAUUGCAAUCUCAUUCGAAAUACUUGGGUCUUCCGGUUCUGUUUGGUAGAUCCAAAAAAGAGGUGUUCUCUCUCGUGGUUGAUUCUGUGUGGAAGAAAUUGAAAGGGUGGAAGGAAGGAGUUUUGUUUCAGGCUAGAAAAGAGGUUCUCAUUAUAGCUGUUGCCCAAGCAAUCCCUUUGUAUAUUAUGAGUUGCUUCAAAAUUUCGGAAGGAGUGUGCAAGGAAUUAGAGAGUAUGAUGGCCAAAUUCUGGUGGGUAUCUAGAGAAGGAGAAAGGAAAUUGUAUUGGGUUAGUUAG